AUGGGGUUGUCCAGCGAGGCGGGGGGACACAGCUACCUGGUGUCGUGCUGGCAGCCCAUCCUUAUCCUGAUGCUGGGCACGGUGCUGUCGGGCUCCACCACCGGCUGCCCGUCGCGAUGUGACUGCAGCGGCCAGGAACGCUCUGUGGUCUGCAACCGCCGGAGACUGACAGCCCUCCCCGACGGCAUCCCUACCGAGAUCCGUCUCCUGGAUCUCAGCAAGAACCGUCUCCGUGCGCUGGGACCGGAAGAGUUCCUCAACUACCCGGGUCUGGAGGAACUGCAGCUCAACGAGAAUGAUAUUUCCUCCAUCGAGCCGGGAGCCUUCAGCAAUCUCCUCAACCUUCGAACACUAGGUCUACGCGACAACCAGCUCAAACUUGUGCAACUCGGGGUGUUUACGGGGCUGGUUAACUUGACGCAACUUGACAUCAGUGAAAACAAGAUAGUCAUCCUGUUGGACUACAUGUUCCAAGAGCUGUACAACUUAAGGGAGCUGGAGGUGGGGAAUGAUGAUCUGGUUUUUGUCUCGCCGCGCAGCUUUCACGGCCUGGGAAGCCUCGAGAGUUUGGGGAUAGAAGGGAGAAGUUUGUCGGCGAUACCCACCGACGCCCUGAGCCAUCUGCAUAACCUUCUUUCACUGCGACUGCGCUUCUUUAACGUCACGCUACUCCGAGAUUACUCAUUCAAGAGGUUGUACCGUCUGCGCGUGCUGCAGAUCUCAGACAUGCACGCGUUAGAUACCAUGACGGCCAAAUGUUUGUUUGGCCUCAACCUCACGUCUCUGUCCGUGACAAACUGCAAUCUGUCGGUGAUCCCGUACGAAGCCAUCAGCCACUUGAGGUAUCUGCGCUUUCUCAAUCUCUCGUUCAACCCCAUUCGCAGCGUGGAGGGGCAUCACUUGUUCAACCUGCAGAAGCUCCAGGCCUUUCAUUUAGCGGGUGGGAAGUUAGCUACUAUUGAGCCCUACUCGUUUCGUGGGCUCAACCAUCUGCGUGUGCUGAAUGUCUCCAGUAACAGCCUGAGGUCUCUGGAGGAGUCAGUGUUCCACUCAGUCGGGAACCUGGAGACAUUGGCCCUUUAUGACAACCCCCUAGCCUGUGACUGCCGCCUUCUCUGGGUGUUCCGACGCAGGUGGAGGCUAAACUUCAACCGCAAUCAGCCCAAAUGCUCCUCGCCCAGCGUUGUCCAAGGGAAGGAGUUCAAGGACUUUCCAGAUGUGUUGCCGGGAGAUUACUUUACAUGCCAGAAAUCAAAGAUUGUGGAUUAUAACACUCUGGAGAGCCAUGUGGAUGAGGGCACAACAGUAAACUUUCUUUGUCCGGCAGAAGGGGACCCUGCUCCUACCAUUAUGUGGCUGUCUCCGAAAAAGGAUUUCAUCACCACCAAAACAGUGGGCUCCAGGCUGUCUGUGUCAGCGGACGGCACUUUGGAGGUGAGAUAUGCUCAGAUCCAGGACAAUGGUACAUACACGUGCAUCGCUAGCAAUGCAGCAGGUAAUGACAGUAAAGCUGCACACCUGUUUGUGCACAGCUAUUCCCCUAACUGGCCCCAUCAGCCCAACAAAACGUUUGCCUUUAUCUCCAACCAGCCCAGCGAAGAGGGGGCUAAUGUCACCCGCACCUCGCUGCCCUUCCCCUUUGACGCAAAGACUCUGAUUAUCGCCACCACCAUGGGCUUCAUCUCCUUCCUGGGUGUGGUGCUAUUCUGCCUGGUGGUGCUGUUUCUCUGGAGCAGGGGUAAGGACAGCCCCAAGCCCAGUAUAGAGGUGGAGUAUGUGCCCAAAGAGGAGAGCGAGGAGGCCAGCCCGAGUGAACCCCCUGUGCAGUUUAACAUGAAGAUAAUGUGA